AUGUAUGAUGACACAGGAGUAAGAAGCAGAGGAGAUCUCCAGCUGUAUGGGACUUGCCGUCCCCUUCCCCAACAACCCACAAGGAAAACUGGAAAUGUAGAAGAGGAAUAUGAAGACUUCGACAAAGAGAGCGACUAUGACAGCAUCUCUGUGCCUCGUGAAAUGGAGGAGCCAAAGGCACUGCCUGAACCACCAGCCACAGCUCAAUGCACCUUAACUCCAGCCCAAUGGAAAGGCUGUUGGAGAAACUGCUUGGUUCUGCUCCUGGCUCUUGUUGGUCUCCUGAUUGGCAUCAUUCUUCUCGUACAGCAUGCCGCCAUCUUCUCUGAGCUCAGGAAGCUGAAUACCACCUGCCCACAGGAAAGCUGUGAUGUCUCAAUCGUCCCUCUAACAGCUGACAAAUUAAAGAUUGCUUUUCUGAAGGAACUUAAAGCUUUAGAAGAACAUAUUGACAAGAGGAGCAAAGCAACUGUUAGAAAAGUGGAGGAACAAAUAUCUAAAUUGGAUGAAAAAAUGAGUGCAAUGGAAAAUAUAAGAGAAAUCUGCAGGAGGACUGACUCUCUAUCCUGGCAUGAGUUUCUAGGAAGCUGCUACUACUACUCAGAAGAUGAAAAGCAAUGGGAAGAUGCCAGAAAAUUCUGCAUUACUAUCAGCUCCCACCUGGUCAUUAUUAACAGCAGGUCUGAGCAGGAUUUUGUGGUUACAAAAAUAAAGCGUACCUCGGUCUGGAUUGGCCUAAGUGAUGCAGUGAACGAGGGAGCGUGGCAGUGGGUUGAUGGAUCAGCACCAACAGAAAGGUAUGUGGGUGAUGCCUAG